AGUUUGUGAUGAUAACAAUGAUGUUGUUGGUGCUUGCAAUGAUGAGAAUAAAGCUGUUAGCUUUUGCAAUAAAGAUAAUGGAGCUGUAGGUUCUUGCAAUGAUGAUAAUAGUUCUUGUAAAGAAGAUAAUGGAGAAGAAUGUAAUUUUUUUGAUAUCUUGGUAUGA